AUGAAGCGCGCGGUCGCCGGCGCAGCUUGGGUGCUGCUGGCGGUGCUGUGGCUGGAGGCCGGCGCCGCGCCGGGGCGGCCGGGGGGCCCGGCGUCGCCGCAGCCGCCGCGGGUCGCCGCGAGAGCCUCCUGCGCCGCCGGCACGCGCUGGGUCGAGGCGGCGCGCCGCUGCUGCGCCCAGUGCCCCGCAGGUGAGAGCCGCCGCGACGCCGGGUGAGGGGGCCGCCGGCGGCCAAGCCCGCGGCCGCGCCGCCGUCACCGCCCCCGUGUCUGCACAGGGACCUUCCUGCGCGCGCCCUGCACCCGCCGCGGCAACGACAGCGUCUGCGAGCCCUGCCCCGCCGGCACCUUCCACUCGCAGCCCAACACCGCGCCCGAGUGCCAGGCCUGCUACGAGUGCAACCAGCAAGCUUUCCAGAGCGUGCAGAGGAACUGCUCGGCCACCAGCAACGUCGUCUGCAGCUGCGAGCCAGGCCGCUUCCGCGACUGCAUCGACGAGCUCUGCAGCGACUUCACGUGCCGGGAGUGCCGGGCCUGCGCCGGGAGCCUCGUCCAGCACCCGUGCUCGGCGGCGCAGGACACGCUGUGCGGCAGCUGCGAGCCGGACUUCUACGCCGAGGGCGGCAAGUGCCGGCCGUGCCCCGCGCGCACGGCGGAGACGUGCGGCGAGGAGUGCCAGCGGGCGUGCGGCAGCCGCCGAGGCGCGGGGCUGGAGUACAUCUUGCUGGGGCUCGCCGGGCCCCUCUUCCUCGGCGCCCUCGCCAUCUACCACAAGCGGCUGUGGCCGCGGCCGGACGCCGCGGCCGGCAGCCCCCCGCCCGCCGCCCCGCGCUGCCCCGGCCCCGCGCCCGGCCCCGCAUCCAGCCCCGGCCCGGCCGGCGCCGCCGCGGGGGGCUGCUGCGCGGGACGCGGCUGGGCGCCGCCGGCCGCCCCCGCCGCCGAGGCCGCGCCCGGGGGGUCCCGGCGGGGCCGCCCCGAGUCGCAGGCCUUGCUGCACCGCUGCCCGCCGGACCGCGACGCCCGCCCGGCCCCCCGGCAGCCCUCCGCGCCCCCGGCGCCCGCCGGCCCCCCCGGCCCGGCCACGGGGCCCCCGCUGCAGGGCGGCCGGCUCUACGCCGUCAUCGACGCCGUGCCGCUGCGGCGCUGGAAGGAGUUCGUGCGGGUGCUGGGGCUGCGCGACGCCGAGAUCGAGGUGGUGGAGGCCGAGUGCGCCCACGUCCGCGACCAGCAGUACGAGAUGCUGAAGCGCUGGUGCCAGCAGAGCAGCGCCUCGCUCGAGCACGUCUUCGCCGCCCUGCAGCGCAUGGAGCUGGCGGGCUGCGCCGAGGCGCUGCGCCUGCGCCUGCGCGACUGCCCCUGAGCCGUGCCGCGGGCCGCGGGCCGUGCCGUGCCGUGCCGCGCCGCGCCGCGUGCCGGGCUGCAGGACGCAGCCUCGCCGGCCACCCCGGGCUCCUGCCGGGCUGCGCGCGUCCCGGCGGGCACCGGCGCCGCAGGGCGCCCACCCCUAAGUAUAGUUACUUAUGCCGUGUAGACAUGUUAUGUCAGUUAUGGGCCGGCGGGCUCGGCCGGCGGCAGCGGGACGGAGCUCUGCUGCCCGGUGGCGCCGGCCCGCGGCCCCCUAUUUAUGUCCUCCCCGCGCCGGCCGGGCCCCGCGGCGCCGAGCCCGCGCCGAACCCAUGGGAUAGUUCUCGAGGCCGCCGC